UGCAGGAAGUUUUUCAAAAUUAUUAGACACUGAUAUGUAUAUAACGUUAAAGACAUUGAAACGAGUUAUUAUUAAAUCAAACAGAAAGUAAAAAAGGCAGAGCUUUAAAGAAGUAUGUUUUCGCGUUGAAAAUAACAAGGAAACAUACCAAAGAAUUGGAAUGUAAAUUGGUGGAUUUUGACAAAUAUAGAAUUCAACAUGAGGGUAUUUCAAGUAUUUGCAUUUAUUUGGCUGCUAAAUUUAUCUUCUUCAUCCGAUGGACAAAUUAAUAGACAGUCUGAAAUUGUUCUCAAUAAUCCUUUAGAAAACUUCCCUCUCAAAAACAUGGAAAUUGAUCUUGAAGCAAAAAUCGUUUAUGUGAGUGGGAAGAAUAUUCUUUACCGGUUAAGUGUGGAGGAAGACAUGCAAAUGAUAAAAAGACAAACUGGACCUGACGUAAACUGUUUGCCGAUGUUGUCACCUGAAGAAAAAAAAGAAUACUGUGGAGAUGACAACAAUACAGUGAUGGUUGUGACCCCUGAUAGUUUGAUUACCUGUGGUACACUGAAAGGUGGACUGUGUAUGAGGCGCGAUAAAGAGUCUUUAAAUAUUACCUCUACUUCCCCAACUGUCCGUUUAGUAUCCAGAGACCAGGCAUCAGUCGUGGGAAUCUAUUUGAAUAUAAACGAUACAAGUUCUUCUCAACAGUUGAAAAAUAUCAUACUUUUUGCAAAACAAUACACUGCCUUACCACUAAGUGCUCCGUACUUGGAUCAAACUGCCAUACUCUCUGUUUUACCGGAUCUUUCAGCCAAAGUUUUAGGUGUUUCUAAUUAUGGGAACAUUUUUGAUAUGAUUUUAAGAACACCAAUAAGUGUUGAAUUGGACUACAGAGUGGUGAUUGAAAAUGAACAUUUUGUUUUUCUUCUGGUGAAUCAGAAUUCACAAUCAAAGCUUGUUAAGAUCUGCAAGUCCAUCGAUAGUAAAGAUCCAAAGAAAGUGUAUGAAGACAUUCCUUUAUAUUGUUAUUCAGAUGGGACAAACUUGACUCAUGUCAAGCAUGGAAUCUAUAUUUCCGUAUCAGGAAAGAGAUACUUAGUGGGUCUCUUUUCAAGUUCAAAACCCACUUUGUCUGCAGUGUGUGUUUUCGAAGAAAAGAAGAUCUAUCAGGCUUUUUUGAAGUCAAGGGAACACAGAUAUAUUUGUCCAAAGAAUGAUCUUUCAUCAGAAGAUAUGAUAUUUGAUGAAGAUGUAAAACCAAAAAUCUGUAUUACUAAGAAUCAAUCAGUUUCGGAUUUUUAUGGUGCUUUUCAGAAGGGAGAUUAUUGUAAUUAUGUAACAAAGCUAAUACCCCUGUUUGGUAUUAUUGUGGGACUCUUACCACUACAAGGUAAUGCAGUGUACUCCACCAAGUCUCACCGAGUCACAGUCGCCGGAAGUUCAACUGUUAACAACUUAACAUCCCUGUACAUUGGAACGGACAAAGGAUAUGUUAUUCAGUUAUUAUAUGAUACAGAGAAGAACAAAACAAGCGUGCUUGCAGAAUUCAAUUUGGACUCGUCGGAGAUAAGAGCAAUUAGAAGUGUAAACGAAAAGACAUACAUUAUGUCACAAAAUAAGAUUGUGAAACUUACUCCAAAAAAGAAUUGUGAACAAUAUUCAGGAAGCUGUCGGCAAUGUAUGAAUGUUCAUGAUUUUGAUUGUGGUUGGUGUGCAACCAAAGGAAGUUGCAGCACAUACUCUACAUGUGAGAGUACUUACUGGCUGCCAUCCGUGAAAAACGAAUGCUUGAGUCUGGAUUUAACAGUUGACUUAUCAAGACAUGCUUAUAAACUGGAAGGAAGAGUCCUGACAAUAUUGACGCCAUUGGUAUUUAUGGAAAAUAUGACAUGUAAUCUGGAUGGAUUUGGUUUUUCAAAAUCUCUAAAUGCUGAAAAUAUGUAUUGCAGGAUAGGUUCUACAGUCAUUUUCGCAGAAAAGCCAUCCUCUACUUCCGUUCCCGUUGGUGUUUUCGUUUCGAUCGUUGUCCUGAUAUUUGUCUUGUUUUUAUGUGCUAGCUUCCUCUUUUACAAAUGGGGAGAAAGACAAGGUCACAAAUUAAAUCAGAAGAACCAUCAAGAAAAUAUAGCGGAUCAUUACCAAUCUCAAAAUGAAGACAGUUCUGAGGAAACCCACACUUACGAGCAACCUCGCCCAGCAACCGCUGAAACACCAAUGGGGCAUGAACAAGAAUUAACAACGUAUGACGUGGUCUUGUAAGUCCAGUUUGACGGGCAUCGGAAAAGUCGAUAUUUCAUUAAUUUUUUACAAGGCAUAUUAUCAUGUCUGCAAAUUAAUUCUGAAGGGAUUUCAUCAUUACUAUCGUCAAAACUGCAAUAAUUUUUCCUAGAUAUUUUUUUUGUUUGCCGCUAAAGGCUUACGAUAAUGUAAGACGUCUUUUCAUGUAAAUCAUCAGGGCAUAUAUAUAAAAAGAGACCUGAUUCAGAAUAUUUAUUUUAGAAGAUGUUCUAGUUAUAUAUUAUAUAUGAAUAGCAUGUACUGUAAUUUUUUAAAGUAUAUUGCUUGUAUUUUUUUUUUGUUUUUUUGUUUUUUGUUUUUUUAACAGUAGCUAGAUUGAAGUGUUGUUGAAUUAUUUAUCAUUAUUUUGUUAUUUAUUAUAAUUUGCAUUGAUAACAGAAAGGCUUACCAUAUAACAUGCAUGUAAUAUAUUUUAGGUCUUUAAUAUGAUUAAAAAAAUGUUAAUUUUAACGUAAAAGUUGAACUGUAAAUUUUUCCCUGAUGUUUUGAGUUGAAUAUGAUUUAAAUAUGUAUACAUUGAUUUUUAUUUAUUUUGGUGGCCAUUUCAUAUGACAUUGUUCUGUAUUUGGCUGGUAAAAAGAAAAGGUGUCACUUCAUCAUCAGAAUAUCAAAUUUUGACACAACCCUAUGUCAUCCUUAGAUAAAAACUAUAGAUAAAAGAACGUCCUUUUUCAAUCAUAUCGUUUAACUGAGAAAUGAUAAUUCAAAAAAAAAUAUUGAUUUGUUUGUGGAGGGAUAUAUGCUUUUGAGAACAAAAUAUCAUUUUAACAAAUAAUGAAAUAUUACGCUUUAUUUUGAUGAAAAAUUUCCGUUCGUAACACUAUAAUUAUGCGAAAUUUCCGACAAUUAAGUAAUUUCUAUAAAUAUAUAAAAUCUAGUAUAAUUGAAGGUACUUAUUAUUUUCAAAAAGUAUUUUGUUUAAUUUUACCCAAAUGCCUAAUCGUCAAUCAUAGCACAUCGAACCUAAU